GCACACCAGCCGGAGACUCAGUUAUGGGCGUUGCGAUUGCAAACUGAGUGACAAUACUUUUGAUGUUUUAACGUGAUCUAACAUAUGUGAAGAUCUUAUCGAUCCUGAUCAUUCAACCUUCUUCUGGAGUAAACCGGCCAAUAUAGAGACGCGAAUCGACUUAGAAAGGAGUCGUGCUGCAGAAGUCCUCGAUAAACAUGCGCUACAUUUGAUCAGAACGAGGAUGUUGAUGAAAGACGACUGCUAAGUGAAAAUGGCUCUACAGAUGUUUCUUGAGCGAUGUCGUGAGGCUAGGCAGCAGGAGCUGAAUCGUUUGAACAACAUGACAUGUUGAAGACGACCAAUCGCGAAGAUAUAACUUUAUAUAAUAUUAAUAUCUGCACUCCUGCGUCCUGCGACUGAGUGGAAAAGAACUUCCCUAUCCUCAUCGUUGAUAAUUCUAAAAUAAUUGCUGCAGAGAAGUCGCGCUCAUGGUGGCAGCGUAUCAAAGAUACAGCAGUAAGACAGAUGCGUCCCUGUCCAUUAAUUUCUAAGGGAAGUAGGUUCCUUUGUAGUAUGCCAAAGAAGUGCCUUUUGUGUACCUGCUGCAGAACCAGAAGAGGUAGAUGAUACGCAUAUUAAUUAUAAAUACUAAAUAUAAGCUUAACAAAAAUGCUUAAGCUUAUAUGCUCAUAUUUUUAGGACACCUCGUUAAGGAAAUAAGUUCCUUAAGGAAGUUGCUUAAUCGCACUAUGGUGUCAGAGUCAGUGGCCGUUGCUACAACUUGGAAACUGCUGCUAAAUGUAGAUAUUUUGUAGCAGAAGUGCCUAUCCACUAAACGGAACUUUCCUUAUUUUUCUCCUAACUUAACUAACUUCGUCUUUACUAUGAAUGUAUUAAUUACUUACUUAGUUGAGUUUUUUUCAUUGAUUGACGACGGCCUUUACUUCUCAACGCAUACUAGUAUUCAAUAGUCAUACUACUAAUCAUUCGUGCCUGAUUAUUUUUCGCGUAACUUGUUUUGAUGUUGAGGGACGAGCCAUGUUUUGAGCUCGUUGUUUUGGUCCCUGUGUUUUGCUCGAAAGCUUGUUAGGGCUUUCUGCAUUUGAAUACUGUUGGUUUUGUUGAUUAUAUUAUCAUCCUUAUGAAUCAUAGUUCCCUAGGUUCCGUAGGACAGGGGACGAGCAGGAUUUUUGUGGUUCAUUGAUCGGGUAUGGAAUUAGGCAGACUGGCAACGCAAUAAUGGGAGGUGGCGGUCUGAGCAAGCGCAACAUGGCCCAUAUAAUGCAGAAGGGGACUGGAAAGUGGAACCCUACGGAGACGGAAACGAGCAAGACGGGGCUCAGAUCAUGGGUGGAAAGCAAGUUAUGUUGGUGUCCGUGUUUUCUGGAUAAUUGACUGGCUGGGAACUACACCGUUUAUUUGACUACGUAUUAAGGCAUAAGAAGUAUUGUUGGAUGUUGUUGUUCUCCUGUAGGUUGCUAACUGCCCAAAAGGUUCGCCAAACCGUAGAAAGGUCAGUAGAAGUUCUUGCCCAAGUCGCACCGCCGGAGGAAGACAAGCAAGGAACGGCAAACCACAACGAAGGAGGAAGUUCUUGCUUGAACACCACUAGAAUCCAACUCAAUCGAGCACAGUCACGCUGAUGCUCUCUCACGAACUGUACUCACGUUAAACUACUCCUACCUAAAGGAUCCAGGACCAUCAAGAUGAUAAGCAAGGUUGAUUGACCUUUGAGCUCUUUGGCUCUUCCUUGUUGUGUUCAAGUGCGCCGAUUGAUUCACAUCAAGCCGCCAAGUCGGGAAGUGGAACACCUUCAAGACCUUACACUUUGGUCACUUCGAGCUGUCUCCGACAUUCCCCCCCUCCCUUCUCUUCCGGUACCCCCGGAAGCCCGCCCUCUUCGCGCUCCUCUUAGUGAGCUGCGUUUAGGUGUGGGGUCGCCACAGACUACCCCCUGGGCGAUUGAAGGUUGGAGCCGUUGGCGAUGCUCCGUAAAACAGCCUCUCUCCCUUAGUAGUUAACCCCCCGCAGUAGCCCCAGUAGAAGCUGUAGUAGCUUUCGUGCCGCUGUAGCUCUUCGUCCUCGUCGUCUUCUUCUUCAGGCUCCCAAUGGCUGCAGCUGGGACAUCCUCCCACUUUGCGCCGCGGGGUCUCUGGUCUGGCUUCUUUGGAAAACUUAAGGUGAGGCAAAUGGUGUCCCCAUCUGCCGUGUAGGUAUCCCCUGCUCUACCGGGGGGGCAGUCUAAAGAUUAGCGCCUGGGGGUCUUGUCAGGGUAGUACUCUGGCGCUGCUUUAGUCUGUUGGUGUUCCUCGUAGUUAUUAGUAGUGCUCGCGGCUGCGGUGUGGAUGUGGUCUGGUGCGUUUCGUUGCGGAGCGGAUGGCGCUGCGCUGCUUGGGGUUGUAGCGCCUCUAGCUGGCUGCUCUCCCCCGUUAAGGCUUUUCUGGAGUUAUGGCUGUUGGCGUGGUAAUACGUAUAGCGCGGCUGCGAGCGUUAUUGCUCUAUGUUGCUGCUUUCGUAUAAGUUGGGUGACACUACUGCUGAGCAUCAGGCAGUGCCUUGGCUUGCGUGCGGGUCUUGGCUUUUCUUUCUAUAGCGACAGACGGAUAGGCACUACUGCUGAGUAUCAGGCAGUGCUAUUAGUCUUCGGGCUGUAGCUGUUGGCAAAAAAAAUGGAUAGGCACUACUGCUGAGUAUCAGGCAGUCCUGAGAAGCCCUAGGUCAUAGUAAGCAUCUGAUUCCCUCCGGGUGGACGGGGUGCGACCUUUGGUCUUGUUUGGUUCGCUUUGGUGUCACUGUUUCAGGGCCCAUAUGUCUGCCUUCUUGACUGUAGUGGUGGAUCGACUAUGUUUCUCCCCCCCCCAAGAGCGAAGCCGUUUUCAUAAAGUCCAAAAUCACCCACAAGCAAAUGUAGGAUCACUGCGGACAGAGACCAGUAGAACACGUAAGCCACUUCAAGUGACAAGGCCUUUUAACGCUCGGGGGUUAUCAAGGGAUAAGGCUUAAGGCUUUAGGCACACACUUCAGAGUCUAUCUCUUCAUACAGACAGAGAAACGACGACCCGGCGACAAAAUAAGCCGCAUUUUCAAGAGAAUCCGAGUUAUCAGGCGAAGGAACUUGUUUCGUUUUUCUUUUGUUCGUCAUGUCUGGAUUGUGCCAGAAGACAUGAUCUCGAACUUCACGGGGGACGUUAUUCUUGGUUAAACUGUCUGCUUUCAUGUGCUUGGUGGGACAAAAGUUUAAGCUAUCUGCCAUAUCACAUACUUUGUGAUACCUCAGAGCAACAUGUCUGCUGCGAGGGCGCAGCGCGUCGGAAGGGGAUUGAGCUACCGUCUUAGCGGUUAGAUUGUCAAUCCAUAAGUCCUCAGAGGGAGCUUUAUUCUCGAAGAAGCCUUUGAACGAAGCAGAUUCUGACAUGAUUAAGCCAUCUGAACCGGCAACGAAUUCUGCUUGAAAGGUCGAGUCAGAACGAACAGACUGCACUGCCGUUUUCCACAUGAUUGGACAUCCGCGAUAGUAUAAAAUCGCUCCUGAGACGCUUUUCAGAGUUAUAAAGCACGUGGCAAAACUCGCGUCGGUAAAGAGAUUCCAAUCUUUCAACUUUCGGCCUUUCUCUAACAUAUUGCCAUAGAUCUCUUUGAACUUCUUUUCGUUCUCGGGCGAAUAGAAUAAGCCCACAUCUGGCGUAGAAAUCAAGUAGCGCAUGACUUUCUUUACGCAGGCAACAAUUGCUUUUGUUGGCUUCUUGGAGGCGACUUUCGACAAGCAGUUUACGGGCUGUGCUACGUCAGGCCUGCAGACCGUGACGACCCACUGCAUAGAGCCUAUUGCUUCUCGUAAGGGGAAUUCACAAACUGGGCUUGUUUCGUCAUACAGUGCAGAGGUCGGGAAGGAUGGCGAGUCUACUGCCCUACAUCCUUCCAUGCGGAAUUUCUUGCAAAGCUUCUCUUUGAUAUAAGUGCCCAUAGAAUAGCGGAGGCUUUUCUUCUUCUUGUUGUAAAACACAUCUGCACCCAGCAGAUCGUAUUGAAGUUCGCCACCAAGGUGCUCCUUAGGUUCUAUUAUUUUCCCCGGAAAUAUAUUGAGUAUAGUCUGCACCUCAGCACGAAGCUCAUUACGAUCAGGGCCACAGGCUGUGUUGUCAUCAACAUACACGGCUAACUUGAGGAAUCUACCCGGCACUACUGCGGACGGCUUGCGCCAUAGUCCUUUUUCAUCAGAUUGAGUCCAACCCAGCAGAAUAAGCUGUUUUUCGUAGUGCUUGGCCCAAAGCCUAGGGGAUUGCGGCAGACCAUAUAAAGCACGGACUAGCUUUCUUAUGCCGGUAUCAUUUUCCUCUCGCCAGAUUGGAGGCAGACGCACAAAGAUGUCGGAGUCGAUGAGACUUUGCACAAAUGCAUUAUCGAUGUCAAAGACCUCGAUCUCAUCUCCUGCAGCAGCAGCAUCAACUAAAAGAUACCUGCUCGCGCCAAAACUAACAACAGACGCAUAGACAUCAAAGUCAUGCCCUGGCUUGUAUAGGUUGCCUAAGACAACAGCCCUGCACUUGUAUGUGCCAUCGCGCUUCUUUGAAAGCACUAAGGCAAUUGGGACUACACCCUUUGCCGAUUUGAGUUCUUGCUCAUUGCAUUUCCGCCAUGUUUCGAACGCUUCUAACUUAGUUCUUUCUUUACCUAUGGCCUGAAUCCAGUGUGGGGAUUCAGGUCCCUUUACAGCCUCUGACACUGAUAACUGCACCCAUACGUCCUCUAUUAUUUCCCCAGGCUCUAGGUCAUGCUCCAUACUUUCGACAUAGAAGCAGUCUUCGAUCACUUCAGCGAACUCGCCAUAGAAUUCGUCAGAGUCUACCUGCUCUGCCGUCUGCUUCUUCGUUCUUCUUUUUCUGCCACCUGGGACUUUGUCUUUAGACCCUUUAGGUCGGCCUCGUUUUCUUUUGGCCUGUCCAUAAGUGACGUCUGGCUUUCUUUCAAAUUUGUAACUUUGCUCUUCCUCUGGAGGAUCAUUGGCUUUUUGUUUUUCACCCCCCCCGGGCUGUUUAUCACCCGCAAGCAUAGGAAUGCUCGCAGAUGCACUUUUGUUUUCCUCACCGGGAACACAUGCCGUGCUGGCCUUGUCACAGACUGGACUUGGGACGUCCAAUAGUUCCACUUUCUUAUCUGCACCAGGCGCGACGGACGGGGAGGAGGCGGACUCGCCCCCCCCAGAACCAGAUGAACUAGAACCACCAGGCGCAGGCAACGUCGGAGCACAAGGCUGGCCGGCCCCGACCACCGAGCCGCUGUCCAUCGAGCCACUAAUUACAUCUAGGAUCUGGCGAUCGUUAACGAUCACACCCUCGGAAUACCCUGGGCGUAGAGAAUCUACAUUAUCGAUGAGUAUACUCUCGACGAACUUAACGCAGCGAGUCUCAUAGACAGCCCAUCUUAGUCCACCGUCUUUCUUGGUGAAGCGACCAUCUGAGACUUAAGUACCUACCAGGUAACAGCUGCUCUGAUCAUUAUAGCCGAGGAUUACGCCCUUGAUAUACUUCUCUACAAGUUUCCCAACCGCUUCGACGGGUUGUUUGAGAAAAUAGCAUAAGCAGCCAAAUCUCCUGAACUUCGAAUCGAAUUCAGUAGUCGCGUUAUCGAGCUCAUCGGGCUCUGUGGACUCUAAGCGGGAAACUUUCCGGUCAACUUGCAGUGACCCCUUCACUCUUAAGCGUCUAGCUUCAUGGGGGGACUUCCCAUUGAAGUGUGGCGCACGUUUGUAGGCUUUUCUAGGGAUUCUGACCCAUGUCCACACAAAAUAUUCCGCAGCAUAGUCCCAUAAGCGGAGGUCAACGCCUACUAAAAUAGCCCUUAGACCGGGACCCAGCGUAUUCAUAAAACGCUCGCAGACACCAUUCUCUUGCGGUGUGUAUGGUACCGAGUGGGUCCAGAAAUCGCUGAGCUCUUGGAGUGUAUUUUCCCACUUCUUUGAGCGGAAGAGUGGGUCAUUGUCACUGCGGACAUACCAGACUACUUUGUCGGUUAAGUCCUUACUAUCACUUGCGCGCAGCUGUUUGAUCAGCUCUUUAACGACUGCAUAGCACUGGUCUUUUACUUGCAACGGGAACACAAAGACGAAAGAUAUAAUUGGGCAUAUUACCACUAAGAGCCAUGAGUUACCUCUUAGACUUUUUGGCUUUACUGGGCCCCAAAAAUCCGCGUCAAGUUGCUUUAAAGGCGUAGGGUCGAUGUACUUUUGAGGUCGUUCACUACGGCAACCUUUUCGACCACCUUUCGCUAAGGCACAUUCAGGGCAGAAAACUUUCUCACCUGGUAUUGAGAUGUGUCCACGACGCCUAUGUCUUUCUAACUUGGACAGACACACUAGUGCCUCUAAGUCCUCUACGCAGUCGGCCAAGGCUUCAGCCUGGAACUGUUUGCUUCCCUCGGUAAGCUCUAUGUUUACGCGGCGUCUUUUGGUGCAAUCGGCUAAGCAAUCCGUCGAAAAAUUGCAUCCGAUAGUGACAAGGUUACUUAUUCGCUCUUCAGCGCAGAAGUCACUUACCUCGCGCGAGCUGAUGAUACCAGCACCCCCAGACUUCGAUGGCAAAAAUAAAGCAUCGUCUGGAAAACAAGGCAAAGCUGGUGGGUUAUUUACCACUGAGAUUUGAACGUCUGCAAUGCGCGACUCUAUCUUUGAAGGACUUGGCGGAGAAUCUAAUAUCACUCGCCAUCCAAGCGCAUUCAGGGGAGCUGUUGGGCAAAGCCUUCCCACAGGCAGUCUUUCAUGAUAAAUCCCCACUGAAUACCCUAAGCGAUUUGAUCGCAGUCUCCCUAUCCUAGGUGGAUUCCCAGAACUUUCCAGAUUGCCAUCUACUCCACAGAUCUUAACAGGGUUAGACCUGAAACUCACAAAGUCACUCAGCACUCGGCUGACAACAUGAGAGGCCCCAGAAUCAAGUAAAUCGUCAUCCCGAGGCUUGCUCUUUUCAGAGGGAUUUGUAGACGAAGUGGAGGACGCAAGUUCCUUAGUCAUCGCCGAGUUUAUCUCUACACGGAUCUCAUCUAAGCUAUCAUCAAUCUGACAGCAAAAUAGUUCACUUUUAUUUGGGUCAUAGUCAAUAUCAUCCAUCUGAUCACUGGUCCUGAAAUAGUUGGAGUCAAAAUCAGUUGUCAACAGCAAUUUGUCUGAAUAGGACUCACAGUCCAUGUUUUGUCUUUGUUCUUCGGGGGGUACCUCGCAGGGGUAGCAAAGGGGAAAGGGCUUGUCUUGUUGUUCUUGGUCGUGCUGUGUACAGUUGUAACGUGCUGGAGUUACAUAUUUGAAAUUUGAAGAAGUUGAAUUGUAUGACUUGAAGUUAUAUGUUGAACUUUUAGACACGUUAUGACUGGAGAAACUAUCUGAGUUCGAAGACACAUUCAGCAUGUUAUAACUGUCCUCUUUUGUUGAAAAACUUUGCGUUGGUUCAGCUUGUGUAGACACUAUGAAGCAUGUAGCUUCCUUUCAGCUGCCAUCAAGGCAGUCCUUUUUCUCGUUGUUGGCUCAGUGCUUCUUGGCAACACCCUUCGCCUUUCCUUUCCAGCUGCCCUUCACUUGUGCUGGUCCUUUUGGCUUUCCACCUGCUUUUUGCUGGUUCUUGCCGCCUCCUUUUUGCUGCUGUGCACCACCGCCUUUCUUCGUGCUUUUGCCGCUACCUUUGGUGGCUGCCGCAGCAGCUUGUUGCUGUUGCCACUUUUUCUUGCGGAAACAGUUGUCAUCGGUGUGACGCGGCUUGUUGCAAAAGGUACACCAGCGGUUGUCAGAGGAACUGUUUCCACCACCACCAGCCAAGAAGGCACUUGGAUUGGAACUAGAGGCACCGCCCGGAGUGUUCAUGUUGCUGUUGUUCAUCAUCAUCAUCAUCAUCAUGUUCUGAUUCUGGAUGAGCAUAUUCUGCAUCGGAUCACUAGAACACAUCAUGUUGAAUGCAGAACUGUUGCCGUUGCUGUUGUUGGACACGGUCGCAAGGUUCAUCCGUGCUUGGAUUUCCUUCUGCUUUCUUGCUUGACCGCUGUUAACGUAGUCUUGAGCCUCAGCCAGCAUCGAACUUCUGGCGGAACUCAGCCAUCUUGUCAUCUAGUGCCGGAUCAAGAAGAUUGGUCAGGAUGUACUUCAUCUGAACCUCGACCCGGUCUGCUGGUAGCAUUGGAGCUCCGACCCGUUGCGCCUUAGCAUACUGGUCGUAAGUCCAAACUUCUAGGUCGCUGUUUUUACUGAGUUCAAACUUUUCAUUUUGAAGUUCGUUGUGCAUCUUCAUCUUGUCAAUCUGCUGAUUGGUGCUGAAGUGCUUGCGCAGCUGACGGUAAGUGUCCAGGAACGUGAGACAACCAGCAUUGACAGUGAUCGUCUUGGCUUUUCCUUGGACCGCUGUAGCAAGUGAUGCUUCCAUGGCCAAAUAUUUUUCCAGCUGUGCUGCUUCGAGAAGUGGAUUAGCAUCCUCGAUCUGGUUCGAUUCAUGAUCUACCAGGUUGAUGAAUUGCGGAUAAAUUCCGACUGACCGCACUAACAUCUUGACAGAGUGGGCCCAUGCGUCCCAGUCUUUUUUCUCGCUUAUCGGCGGCAGACGCCAGGUAGAUGACAUCUUUGCUGUAGCCGCGGGGGAACACUAGAACACGUCGAACAAGAACACAAGUGUUGCUAACUAGUCUAGUGCUUGAGCAGAAGAAGUUUUUGUUCUGUAGUGGUAGAAGAAGUAGCCACAAGUUCUGCUUCAAGGUAGGAGUAGAAUGUUGGAUGUUGUUGUUCUCCUGUAGGUUGCUAACUGCCCAAAAGGUUCGCCAAACCGUAGAAAGGUCAGUAGAAGUUCUUGCCCAAGUCGCACCGCCGGAGGAAGACAAGCAAGGAACGGCAAACCACAACGAAGGAGGAAGUUCUUGCUUGAACACCACUAGAAUCCAACUCAAUCGAGCACAGUCACGCUGAUGCUCUCUCACGAACUGUACUCACGUUAAACUACUCCUACCUAAAGGAUCCAGGACCAUCAAGAUGAUAAGCAAGGUUGAUUGACCUUUGAGCUCUUUGGCUCUUCCUUGUUGUGUUCAAGUGCGCCGAUUGAUUCACAUCAAGCCGCCAAGUCGGGAAGUGGAACACCUUCAAGACCUUACACUUUGGUCACUUCGAGCUGUCUCCGACAAGUAUUUUGAUACUUAGUACAGCUUAUAAAUAUUUUGAUUUUAUUGGCCGGGAUUGCUUGGAUCAUUGCUACUUUGUGGUUGUGGUAUCCUGUCGCAAAUAAUAAGAUUUCAUCUGCAGGUGGCCGCUACCGCUAGUAGUAUCAUCUACAACUAUACCGGGACUUGUAAACAAUUUUUUUACUUUGAGUUUGAUGUUGUAGAAAAAAUGUACCCGACAAUCUACUUCAUAAGCACGAGCUGUUGCAGGUGUUCGUCUCCGGCAGUUAUUAUUCUAAGUCCACUAUGAUAUGACUAAGUUAAACAGAUCAUAGUUCUAAAGAGUGGAUGGCUGGACGAAAAAGACUCGAAUGGGUGGAGAUGGGCUUCGAACAGCAAGGACACAAUCAUUAUUAAGGCUUAACGCAAUUCAUUUAUUCGAAUAUUAGCAAAUGACUUGUUGAUUUUUUUUUUCAUAAAGAAGGCGCAACCGCAAGUCAUCUAUUUGUGAAGCAAGAGGCAUAUUUCUAUUUGACGUGCUUUCAGGGGUGCGGAUGCGGAAAGCAACACCACAAAGAUGCUCUCGAAGAUGAGAAUUGGGAUGAGUGAAGGAAUAAAUGAAUUGGGGAAGCUCUAAUCUUCGUCGGUUUUUAAGCUACCAUUAAGGCAAAUAUCUACUACAUGUGGAAAGGUGUUCUUUCAGAUGGUACGAAAGUAGAGGUUUUCCAGUUUUACACUGGUCCUGGAGUUCCUGAGUAGAAAUAGAAUUAGAAUCACUACAAGAUUUGCAAAAAAGAAAUAGAUUGAAUUCUUCUGGUUAUGCAAAUGCAUAAAGCGUUGAUUCCUAAACCACUAGAUGGAUGCUCACAACUACAUACUUAAGAAUAUGAGAGCCUGUCACUGAUUCUCACAGUGUUGACUCACUGAAAACACCAAUCCUCGUCUAAUCUAUGUGGGUAUUGCAAAAACGUCAGAAGGUGGAUGUAACUGGAGCCGCGCAUGAGCUGGAAUGGCAUGACAUCGUGGUCCUACAUCAAGAUGACGCAUCCCUGCCGCCGCUCAAAAACAGAGGAACAUUGGUUUAUGGGAAAAAGAGAGUACGUCUGAGUAGACCGCGUCUAGAACAAAAUGAUAUGUGUAAGCUGAGAGUGAGUUAAUGAAUGAAUUGGAAAAUUUGUAAUCGAAACCGAAUUCAAAGGCAUGAAAAAUAUGUUUCCAAAAGAUAGGCCAGCUGAGAAAAUUGAAAGAAUAAAAUAAGUGGCAGUGAGCUGGAUUUUCUUGAUAUAUCGUCCUAUCGGAGAUAUAUAAACAAUUCUUACAGUAACAGUAAGCGAGUCUGUCGUCCUUUAUCAUAGAUGGGUGGUUCUAUUUCUAACUACUCCCAGCAAAAGUUGAUGGAGACAAGGACAAAGUGGAGCCUAACAAUUUACAGGCUACAAACUAUCCCCUUUGGAAUUGGUGGAGACCCAAACAAGCGGAUGAAAGUGGUACUAUUAUGCUAGCUGUGUCUUCAGUGUCAGAUGAUCAUGAAGCGGAUAGAAGAACAACUGAAAAUGUUAUUCUUUGUCUUUUUUACAUUUACCAAAAGCAAAGAAAACUGAGUAAGCAAAGUAAACUUUUCACCUAUAAUGCAGCCUAUUCUUCAUCCUCUUCUUCUUGAUUGUGCCUACCAGCUGUUCUCGCUUCCGAUCAGGUGCGUCGUUCUCGUUGGAUUUUCGACAAGACGCAAGCAACGCGCGCCCUGGGUUUUCUCUCACAAUAUAACUAGUUGCUGGAUGUCGCGAAAGCCUUGGGCCUUCUUUGCGAUGCUCUAGACUCUCGCGUUUGUCUUGGCUGGUGCCCGUUUUGUUCCCCCUUGCUGUCCCCACGUCAUCUUUGUUUGCCUUUGCCUUCCUUACCUCCACCUCCUUGCCUCCAUCUUCCUGCCCCCACCUCCCUGCCCCCGCGUCCCUGUCCCCUUCUCUUUGACUCCAUAUCCUUGCCCACACCUCCUUGCCCACACGUCCUUGCCCACACGUCCUUGCCUACACACCUUCGCCCUGAUGUUUUUGCCUCCCCUGACACUUUCUAGCUAGGAUUAGACACUUACUAGGUAGGAUGGGACGCAUUCUAGUCAAAAUUAAGCGCUUUCUAGUUAAAACUCGACGCCUACUAGUUAAGAUUUAAAUUAAUCAUAUGCUAUCGAAAACUAAACAUAUUCUAGCUAAGACCCGACAUAAAUUAGUUAGAGGUCGACACUUACUAGCUAAAUCUUGACACUAGUUGCUGCUAGAUAAACUUCGACACUUACUAGCUAAAAUUCAACGCAUUCUAGUUCAAAUUGGAGAUCCUUUAGUUGUUGAAGCCCGACACUUACUAGUUCAAAUUAGAAACUUUCUAGCUAUAAGCCGGCGGGCGCUUACUGGUUAAAGUUAUGUGCUUUCUAGUUAAGGUUGAACGCUUUCUAGUUAAGGCCUUACGCUUUGUUUCUAAUUCUACUUCUAGUUAAAUUUAUACACUUACGAGCUAAGAUUCGACACUUAUUUUUAGUUAAAGCUGGACGCUUCCGAGUUUAAGUCAUAUACAAUACUUACUAGCGAAAGUGGUACACUUACUAGCUAAAGUUGGACGCUUUCUAGUCAAGCUUAGACACUUACUAGUUAAAGUUGGACACUCACUAGAUAAGACUAUACAUUUACUAGCUAAAGUUCGACGCUUUCUAGUUAGAAGGUGACACUUACUAGUCAUAGGCCUUGCACUGGUUUUUUGUGUUUUUGAUCUGAGUUGGAUGAGAAUGCGCUUAGGCAAUACUUUUUUUUUUUACUCUUAUUUUCCAUGAUCAAUAUAUGAUUAGUCCACUUCUAUCCAGGUGGCCGUCUUGGCUUUCAGCCAGUUCCAAGAGAGCUAGCGGUAGCAGUCGCAAAUUAUCACGAAGAUUCGUACAAGAAGAAGGGCGGCGACAUUUCUUGGAAGGAGGUUGUGCUUAAUCUUAUGGGUGCACUCAUCUCAACUGGUGUUGUAUUAUGUACAUUUACAAUAAAAUAUCUCUACAACUCAGAUGCUCACUCCUCUUUAUAUCUCUUUUUUGUACAAUUACAAUAAGAUAAAGCUUGUGUCCGCAAUACUAGAAUCAAGCAGCAGCGCAAUUUCAGAUCAAGUGCGCAAUAUUAGAUAUAUGCCAGGGAGGGGGGCCUCCCCUGUCGUGGAUGGCGCUGAAGCGCAGCAUAGUGGUGGAAGAGAACGGCAAAAGGAACAGACAGAGAGCUAUGGCGCAGCACAGUGGCGGAAGAGAACGGGAAAAGGAACAGACAGAAGGGAGGGACGCUCUCCCGAUCUGUAGGGCACAGGCAGCGGAUCGGCCGCCAAGCGUGUCGGCCGUUUCCAUUCUUGUCCGCGCUUCUCGCUGUGGACGUUGUUGGCCGUCUUCUCCUCGCUAUUGUCUGGUGGCGUUUCUUGUCGGUUUCGCUGUGUCUUUCGGUCUCACUGAGGACAAGGCGCAGCGGGGCACACAGGAUGGGGCGCAGCAGGAGACCACGAGGCAUAGCAGCAGACCACGACGCCCCUCAGGGGACGAUAAGGCACAGUAGGAGACCACGAGGCACAGCAGGAGACCACGAGGCACAGCAGCAGACCACGACUCCCCUCAGGGGGCAGCCGCGCCGCUGGAGGAAACGAGGCACACCAAUGGUGCCAAAACGCUUACCGCGCUGGCGGGUGUUCUGUAGGGUACAUCUACAUGCAAGGAGCCGCACGGGACUGGCGGUGGCCUUUUGGAGGCCUUCUCACCCGGCAGUCCUCGCUCCGCAGAAAGGGCCCGGGGCUAGAGGCUCCCCCCUUCGCCUUCCUAGAUCGGGGGGGGCCUCUAGCCCUGAGCCCCGGAGCAUAUCUUUACAAUGAAAAUGAUGCACCGCCCAAAGAUGGCGAUGGUUUCUUAAUGCUAUCGGGUUCGGGAAUGCUAAUGUUGUAGCGCACCCAGUAGCAGGGGCUGGCGUGUAUUUAUAUGCGAAGUAGGCCCUCGUCGAAUGUGUCAGUUCUUGUGUUUAUCAUUUUCUGCGAGACCAAAUAGUAUUAAUUUGUAUUCUGUCCUUCUCCUUGCCUUUGCCAGUCUGCAGACGAGAACCAAUGUAAUCGCUGUAGUACCACGGAAGGUUGCGUGGACCAAGUAAUUUGACUAUUCUCUCUGCGUGUGACGUUGUCGAAACAUGAUGAAAAAUCACCGCUCUAAGCUCGACGGCGAUGGCAGUGACACGACGAUCUCGGAGAAUAAACUUUGGAUCCGACCUUCUCUCGGGGAAACGGCCAAGCAACUUGUUAUGACGAUGGAGCAAAUCCAGGGCCGUUGGCGUUAUUCAGUCACAACUGAAGUCAAAUAUGACGCGAUCACUCAUGUAACUUCGGUUUUUUAUUUAGGAAGACAGGGCUUCUUUCUAGCCACUUCCCUCCCAUCAACAAACCCCUUUCGUUUUUUACUAGCUUGGAGCGUCCGAUAACAUCCCUCCCACUAGGAUCCCCCUCCUCCCCAAAGUAAGAAACUAAGCAAGGCAAAGACGUAAGCGAUAUGCGUUCUCAAAUUUCGAAAAUUUUCCACGUUUUGCCAUCGUUUGAGGAUGGGGCCUCGUGCGUUUGAAGUCAAGGGCUAAGAUCCCGAAACUUUUUGACUUUAAGCUGUUCCGCUGAAAUUCAACUUCUUGGAUUUGCGUUUUUCAAAUUUCGAAAAUUCUCCACGCUUUAUGGUCGUUCUGGGAUUGAAUUUUGUGCGUUUGAAGCGCUAAAGCCCCAAAGUUUUUGAAUUUCAGCCCUUUCCCUGCCAUUCAGUUUCUUGGGUUUGCAUUUUUCAAAUGUCGAAAAUUUUCCACAUUUUGGCGCCGUUUUGGGGUUGAAUUCUGUGCGUUUGAAGUGCUAAAGUCCCAAAGUUUUUGUUUUUAAGCCCUUUCCCUGAGAUUCAACCUCUUGGCUUCGCGUUUUUCCAACUUCGAUAAUUUUCCGCGUUUUUCGUCGUUUUGGGAGUGAAUCCCGUGAGUUUGAAGUGCUAAGAUCCCAAAAUUUUUGACUUUAAGCCCUUUCGCUGAAAUUUAAUGCCUUGGCUUCGCGUUUUUCAAAUUUCGAAAAUUCUCCACGUUUUUUCGCCGUUUUGAGAUUGCGUCUCGUGAGUUUGAAGCGUUGAGAUCCCAAAGCUUUUGGCUUUAAGCCCUCUCCCUGAGAUUCAGCCUCGCUCUUGGCUCCGCGUUUUUCAAAUUUCGAAAGUUUUCCACCUUUUUUGUCAUUUUCAGAGUGAAUCGAUUGACUUUGAAAGGCUAAGAUCCCAAAGUUUUUGAUUUUAAGCCCUUUCGCAGGGAUUUAAUUCCUUGGAUUCGCGUUGUCAAAUUUCGAAAAUUUUCCACGUUUUGCCGUCGUUUUGUGGUUGAGUUUGAAGCGUUAAGAUCUUAAAAUUUUUGAUUUUAAGCCCUUUCCCCCGAAAUUCAAUUCCAUCGCUUCAUGGUUUCGUGGUUUCCUGGGGUUUCCUGGGGUUUCUUGGGGUUUCCUGGGGUUUCCUGGGGUUUCUUGGGGUUUCUUGGGGUUUCCUGGGGUUUCUUGGGGUUUCCUGGGGUUUCCUGGGGUUUCCUGGGGUUUCCUGGGGUUUUCUGGGGUUUCCUGGGGUUUCCUGGGGUUUCAUGGGGUUUCAUGGGGUUUCAUGGGGUUUCAUGGGGUUUCAUGGGGUUUCCUGGGGUUUCCUGGGGUUUCCUGGGGUUUCCUGGGGUUUCCUGGGGUUUCCUGGGGUUUCCUGGGGUUUCUUGGGUUCCUGGGUUCCUGGGUUCCUGGGUUCCUGGGUUCCUGGGUUCAUGGGUCCAUGGGUUCAUGGGUUCAUGGGUUUGGGGUUUGUUUGUUUUUGUGUCGGAGGUUUUGGGUUCGGGUGUUGGAGGUUUUGGGUUUGGGUGUUGGAGGUUGAGGUUUCCGAAGGGAUGCGUUUGCAAAGUUUUAUUGCUCUUAAUAUUAACAGCCUUUGUGCAGGGGUUAGUCUACUCUACGACCUACAAUCUACUCCUCUCGUCAUCCUUAUUUAGGAAGAUUUAAUAGAGACCCUUGGCCUUACUAUGAUCCCUAUCCUGCUUCAGUUGUCCUUCCUCGAGGGUCCUAUGCAUGUAGUACUACUUCUAGUACGUUCAGUAGAUGUAGAAUAUGAAUCUGUAUCUGAAUACUUCCAUUUCAGAUUACCCUACAUCUGCAACAUGCGUGAGAAGUACGCACUACCACUACGUGAUGUGAAAAGGCACAACUAUGUCUACUUCUAAUACCUCCGGCGGAACGGAGAAAACAACAACAUCGAAAAACUACCUCGAGGAUUUUGCGGGUGUGAGAAAGGUGAAGCAUUACAUGAGCCACGAGUUCUACGAAAUUGGUGACUCCUUUUUUAUGAAAACACUUUUUGGUUGUAGAUUUUGAGUAGCCUUGUUGCUUGGCCACCUGUGUAUAUAUCGGUUAGUUUUCCCCCAUGUAUUCUGGGUUAGUCCAUCCAUCCGAUAUGUCUACGCUUAAGCGAUGGCGUCCCUCGCUUAUGCGAUUCCAAGGUUCGCUUAAGUAGUGACUUUUCUUGCUAAACAAAUGAUUUGACAAACGUUGAAACAUUCGAUUCAACAUUUUCAGGAUUUGUUUUUAUGGUUCAAAAAUUUUUCUCUGAGCGCAGUUCUACUCUGUCUACUCUUUGUCUUUGUCCACCUCCCUCCAUCAUUCAAGUGCAAGCUAUCUAAAUACUCCAUAGCCCACUUGUUGGAGUCCACUUUUUUGAGUCCUUCUAACACUACUUAGGCUAUUGGCUUUUCUCCGAUAGUAGUAGUUUUUUGGCCGUUGUGACACGGUCUUCUUGCUCUCCCGGUAUGUAAGUGUUUAAGUGGGGUUUUGUAAGUUGUUGAAUGGGAAGCAGCCUGUAGUCCUAUGGAAAAAAAAAAGAAACUACACAGAUCUUUCGCGAGCAAGAAUGAAUGAAUGAACGAAGGUUCCUCAUUGGUGUAUAAUCUACUUCUAAUCAGAUUCGUCCAAAUAUGUGGCCUGGAGCCGGAACAUGUUACGGCAAACAAGAAUAAGAAUAACAGAGCUUGAGUUCGCCAACUACUGGCCUUCUAACACUAGCUUGAUUUCACUUCUAACACUAGCUUGAGUUCGCCAACUACUGGCCUUCUAAUACUAGCUUGACUUCAGCAACUAUUGGCCGACGUAUGGUCCCAAGGAUGCGGAUCAUGGAGGACGGAUGGUGAGUAUCGCAAUUCAUCCCGGACCCUUGAACUACAAAUGGGUGCCGAAGAAAGGUAUUACUUGUAGUUGCUCUUUUUUGAUUAUCGUGAACUACGAAUGGGUGCUGCAGCAGCCCAAGAAAGGUACUCUGUUGAUAUGUAGUGAAGGGUAUAUAUAAUUUCUUGUUUUUUAUUUUUGAUUAUGGUGCUACAUCAAAGCACCAGUACUUUCGGAAAUUUCAUGUUGACGACCCACAAGUGUACUAUUGUUCUAAGUACUAGUACCUCAAAAAAGUAGUGAGGACUCAAAGAGAGUUCGAUCAUGAAGACUACUUACUUUUCCCUGUGGUCUAGUAAGCACAGCUUUCAACCAAGUUGGUUACUACAUAUCCACCACUUGGAACCCAAUCUAUCCCCCAAGCACCAGAAAUCUCAUCGCAAACCCAAUGUUGACUUCCACCCAAACACCAGAAAUCUCAUCGCGAGCUUAUAAAGCUGUGAGGAAAAAGAGCAGUGGAGACGAGGACUCGGACGAAGAAUUAGAAGAGGAAGGCUCCUUGGGUUGUUGUUUUUAUGUUGACAGCAGAAAUACUAUUUAUUAGAAAUGGUAUAUAUUAAUUUGAAAUUCUAAUUCUUAUCCGUUUUAUGCUGCUUUUUUUAGGCAACAUUAGCCUUUUUACUCUGGCAGUUCUGUUGUUCUCGACAUCAAUAGGGGUAAACACUUUCCCCAUCUAACCUUGGGAGCUUCCAAGUGGCAAGAAAACUGCGUCAAGAGAGGUGGGGGAUGACGACAAUCCAGCAGACUCUAUGAUCGAGCUGACCGAUUCCGAUGGGGUCGAGGAUGAUGAUUAUGGCGAGUAGUCGGAGAAUAAAUCUGUCAACAAGAUCUUUUAAGUGAUCCACUGAUACUAGUUGUAGACCACUUACUGAAUAGUAGUAGUAGUCGCAGGAGUACUAGUCGCGGUAGUCAGGUAGUAGUAGUAGGAGUAGUAGUAGUAGGAGUAAACCUAGUCCACGGGUACGCCUGAGAAUUGCACUAAAGGGCAUAGCGCAUCGAUCGAAACGCGUCAUGUUCCACCUCGUCAUAGUUGGUUUCCACUUUUGCUGUUCUAGAAGUAGAAGUGGUGCUACAGCUCUAACCACGCGACAAAGCCCUGGAGUCGAAAACCGGAUCUUUGCUAGCCGAUGGCGAUCUUUUGGGCGUCUCUGCUGUGUUUAGUAUCGCGGUUUUAGUGGCCUACCUGCUGCAAAAGAUGACGGAGAUGAAGGGCGGUGGAAAGAACUUAUGGGGGAUUCAAACAUCAUGAUGAUAGUUGUAUUUUCGAUGUCACUAUUAAAAUUUUUCCCUGGGGAGAGGCAUGAAGUAAGUGGAAUUUUGAGUUUCAUCGUACUCAUCCGCGCAAUCCCAACAUUCGCUUCCUCUAACCCACCAAAAGAAAUCCGAAACGACUACAACCUCAUACAACACCCCGAACGACGAGAAGACAACUACUUCGACUACCUCUAGAAGGAGACCGUCAAUGUCCAGUGAGGAUGAGCAGAUGCAGAAAGAUGCUAGUAGUUUUGUUAAGGGUGUGGGAAAUCCGUCUCCGAAGUCAUCUGGAAGGAGAAAACAAGAAGAAAACGCGAGCCGGAUGAUUCCUGGGAUGGAUUUCAUAUGCCUCUUCUAAUAUUGUCGGCUUUCAUAGAACUCCAACUACUGUCAGUUCAUCUCCAAGUCCUCUGGACUUAGAGGGAAUGCUUGAGGAUGACGACGAUCCCCAGUACGACACGGAUGAAGAGCGGGCAAGUCUACUGCAGCGGCGAAGGGGAGGCGACGAGGCGUGCUAAGUAGAGUAAGGCAGUGGGGGUGGUCUUGGAACCUCAGACUUGGAAGCUAGGAUUUUUGAAUUUUCAUUUUCAUAGAUUACUCUCAAUACUUUGAGAAUAGGUUUCAACUCAACGAACAAAUACAAGUAGGUAUUUUCUCGGCACUAUAGCGCACUUUUAGUUUUGAAAUUCGAUAAAAAACACGAGCAGAAAUUUUAGGUACAACGUAGGAGGGACUCGGACAGGGUCAUUUCUAAGGUUGCAUACGACAACUCACUGGGUGUAAAUGUCGAAGUUUGGUGUAAUAGAGAUGCAACCGAUAGGAAAGAAACACUGAAAUUAAAUCAUCUUCUUGUUCCUAGUAUUGUAGAAUUCUUAUGAUACUUGUAGGUAAAACCAACACCGUCGUCGACCAAAGUAGUCGUCGCCGUGUCGUCGUAUUCCAAGAAAAUCAUAUGAAGAUAGAACAAAGACCGAAGGGAAAUAGAACAUUCUUCUCCGCAUUGACGUAAAGCAAGUUAGUACUGGUGAAGAAGUAGUCUAGAAGAGCAAUUAGAAUAUCGAAUUACACAGGAAAAUCGGAGGACAUUCCACAGGCACACGAAUGUACAGACACCACUAUGAAAAUUUUGUAAGCGAUAUGAUGCCACGUGGGGUAUGACCGAUAAAAAGUGAACAAGAUAAGUACCUUUGGUGCCAUGAUUAAGUUAAUGUUUUUUUUGCAAAGAAAAAGGUUUGAUUAAAUGAAUCCACUCCUGAGUAGGACUAAGUAGUCGGAAUAUGCUUGGAGGACACCUCAUGGUCUCCGUUUUCUUAAGAAAUAGACGAUACCAAGUCGAAAAUGUACGCAAAGCAAUGUGCAUAUCUCGUUUGAUUUUCAUCGUCGACCCGAAUCACGCCUGCCGUCGAUCCCUUACAGCUUACCAACUCGUCCUAGAUGAAAGAAACAGUAACAAUAAUCAUAGGUGGAUGAUUGCAAGUGUGACUUGCUAGAAGCCCGUGGCGACGAACUAAGUAGUAGCCUCCUGUGUCUUGAUCGGUAAAGACGAUACUUCGGAAUCUGCGUUGCAGUCCACGACUGUCGAUAAUGAAAAUGU